AUGAAUUCCCCCAGGCCGGAAGCUUUCCUCACGCAGCACAAGAACCCCCUAAUAUUCCAAGCUUUUGAAUGGAAUAUCCCGGCCGACUAUCAGCAUUGGAACCGUCUGUGCGACAUUCUUCCGUUCUUGAAAAAAAUUGGAGUCAGCUAUAUGUGGAUCCCUCCGGGAUGUAAAGGCAUGGAACCAGGGCAGAAUGGGUACGAUAUUUAUGAUCUCUAUGACAUUGGGGAAUUUGAUCAAAAAGGGGCAAUUGCCACUAAAUGGGGAACAAAGGCAGAGCUGCAGGGCUUUGUUCAAAAAGCUAGCGAAACUGGCAUCCGGAUUGUAUGGGACGCUGUCCUUAAUCACAAAGCUGGAGGCGAUAACAAGGAAACAUGCUUAGCAAUGCGAACAAGCUCUAGCAAUCGGCUUAUUGACUGCGAUGAGGAGCCCAGAGAAAUCGAAGCUUGGCUUGGGUUUGAGUUUCCUGGCCGUGGAGAUGUGUACAGCGCUAUGAAAUACCACUGGCACCACUUCAGCGGCGUAGACUAUGACCUUAAAACCGGGACCAAGGCUAUUUUCCGGAUUACUGGGGAUAAUAAUCGCAGUUGGGCUACCGACGUGAGCAAGGAGCGAGGGAAUUACGACUACCUUAUGUUUUCAGAUGUGAAUUUCUCCAAUCCUGAUGUAAAGGAAGACGUUAAGAACUGGAUUCAAUGGCUUUAUCGUCAGAUUCCCAUUGGCGGCCUUAGACUGGACGCCGUGAAGCACUAUUCCCGAGCGUUUUUAAUGGAAUUUAUCCUUCAUAUUAAAGACAAAAUUGACCCUGACUGGCUGUUUUUUGCCGAGUACUGGACCGAUAACGUCUACGAGCUCAUGGGAUAUUUAGAGCGGAUGAAAAAUCUUGUGAUGCUUUUCGACGUCCCAUUAACCCAUAACAUAUCCCGAAUUUCGCAAGAAGACGGCGGCGAUCUUCGGCGACUAUUCAACCAGACUUUAGUUCAACACCUCCCCGACUACGCAGUGACAUUUAUCACCAAUCACGAUACACAAGCCGGACAAUCUCUAGAACUUCCUGUAGAACCGUGGUUUAAGCCACUUGCUUAUGCUUUAGUUCUCCUCCGAAAAGAGGGAUUACCCUGCCUCUUUUACGGUGAUUUGUACGGCACUCAGGACAGCGCCUUAAAUGCCCCGGAACCCCCGGUUGCCAAUCUAGCAUUAAUGGCAUUGGCGCGCCGACUCUAUGCUUACGGGCCCCAAAGAGAUUACUUCUCAAAACACUGCGUAGGUCGGUUUCCGCUUCCCAGCAUGUCCCUCGAAAACCAAUCCUAA